GCUUGAAAUGCGUGUCGAUUUGAGUGAUUUUGUGUGCUAUGCAGUUCGCAAAUAGACGAAAUGAAAAAGACUAUCAAAAUUCCCUUAUCGUGAUACACAUUUCGAAAUGAAGGAUUUAAUCACUGUAGGUUCCAUUUUGUAUCUAUUUUGCGUUUCAUUAAUAACUUGUUGAACCGACGUGAACUUAUAGCGUGUGCAACUCAUCCGUUGGUAAUUCGUUGUCGUACGUCGUAGCCAGCCUAGUGAUAGUACAUGGUAGCAAUUGAAAAUCAGUCUCUUCGGUUUUUUUCCGACUAUAUCUCCAUUUACGAAACUGUGGCUAAGAAUUGCUCCGAGUGAAAGAAAAUAUCCAUCAACUUCGUUUAUGAAACACAGGACGUUACGAAGAAGCAAUGUUGGUCUUUAUCCACAUCCGAUUAAUUAUUCGCCGUGUUCGCUUCCCACCAUUUUUCACGGGAACUCUUCCAAUAAAAAGGCCGUAUACAGGGUGAUGAGUGCUGAUGCAGAGUGUAGGGCCGUUCCACCUCUACGGCCUGUACGGGAGCAAGACGUGGAGAUCUUGUUGAAAUACCGCCACUGCUACCGCCACGAUGUGCAGUCUGAGCCGUCCCCGAGACCCACGCUCACGUAUGUAGUAUUAAACGUGGCAGCAGAGUUCAUCCUGAAGAAGCGCUGGCACCUGGCAGUCAGGCUAAGAAACAGAACCCUGCCAACAAAAUCCCGGAAACAUACACGAAGGAGAAGCAAGAGAUGGUGUCGGCAUGGGUGCUGAGGCAUUUUGGGAGCGCCCGGGACCGCUGCAGGUGGGUGGAAGGGCUGCACGAAGAUGCCGUCAGCGCAGAAGCUGCAGAGGUAACGUAUUGUGAAAGCUUUAGCUACGCAAGCAGUGGUCAGUAAAAUAAUAAUAUAAACAGAAAUUCGUAUACGCUAGGCACAGUACACUGUAAAUAUAAUGUGGUGAUAUGUCAAAGACUUAAUCGUUGCGUUACAUUCAAAUUUUCAACUGAAACUGUUUUAUUUGAAGGAGAAAACUUUAGUUUCCGUAAUGGUAGUAAAAACUUUUCAGUUAAACGUUUUAAUUAUCUGUUCCCAGCCUCAUCCUGAAUUCCGCAGAGUAAUUGUUGUGUUGGGCGUAAUUUAUAAUGAAUAGCAUGAAAUAACGUAAGCAAAUACAUAUUAGUAUACUUCCUCUUAUAAACUGUAGUGGUUCAUAGAUAAUGAGUUUAGUAGUGUGAGUUCCAUAUUUUAAAAAAGAAAACAGGAAAA